AUGCUGGGCGUGACUGGUGGUCUGGCGGGAUAUUGCCGUUUCCUGCUGCCUCACACCAAAUGGGACAUACGAACUGCCGAUUGGUCGAGACAGCAGUUGGAGGGGAGCAGAAGGAUUUGCGGCCAACCCAGUCGUCCGGUCACCCUCGAGGUCGUCAGACGCACGAUAGCGUCGUGCCGACAACGCGUAUGGCUGCCCAUAGUUGCUUUCGACCACGUGUCGCCUCGAGGGAGAAAGCUCUUCUCAGGAGCAUCACAUGAGCCCAUCGUCGGGGCUCAUGGCUGGCCAAUUCACUCGUCAUGGCCUUCUUGCCCUCCUCGCCGUUGCCGUGCAAUUCGCCUCUUUCGACUGCAACGGCGACGUCUACUCUCGCCUGAAGGCGGUUGCGUCCGGCGAGCCAGAAACCGGGCGGCCGCAGGCAGACGUGAGGGAGACGAGGGAAGUGGUAAGUAA